AUGGCUAGACCCAGGCAGGCCCCACAGCUUCUACUGGCCAUUCUGGUGGCCCUGGUGGCCAUCGCCUACCAAGAAAAGAAGAAAACCUUUAUUAGUGUCCAAGAAGUGCCUGCAUCAGAAGCCUUCGUGGUAACCACCUUGAAGUAUGUGACCAGGGAGUUCAACCAGGAAAGUGAUGACAAGUACAACUUCCGGAUUGUGCGUGUCCUGAAGGUCAAGAGGCUGGUUACCGACCACAUGGAGUACCACGUGAACUUCGAGAUGCGGCGGACCACCUGCCGAAGGCUGGAGGCCAACAACUGCAGCUUUCAGGAAGGGGAGCUUUACAAGCAAAUUGAGUGCUUUUACUCAGUGUUUGUUGUCCCCUGGUUUGAAAAGUACAAAAUUCUGCGCAAAAAUUGCACCAAUGGCUAG